AGAUGGUUGAGAUGGAGCUAGAGCCGUCGCCUAUCGGUACAUCGACGAAUCGCUCCGUGCGCGGUUGGUUGGAGCCGCUGCUGCUUCCCACAGAGCUACGUGAGGGUUUUCAAGUGUCGGUGCACGCGUGUCCGCGGCUGCUUAUGCGCGAGCUGAAGCAUGUAUUCCCAGAGCAGCUCCAGCGCAACAAGAACGAGACCGACGUGCUGGCAGUGCUGACGUGUCAGAAGUCGCUCAUGGACUUGAGCGAGUUUGGCGUAGAUGCCGAUAAGGAGAAGGAUCGACUGCUUGAAACCUUCCUGGCGCUCGCACAGCAGGUGGCUAAUGCACUCAUCGCCAAGAAGUACUGGGCUGACUUCAUCGACCCGUGCUCCGGACUGCCGAUGUUGACGCUAUCGAGUAACAAGGUUUACAGCGAAGUGGAUGGUGUGGAGUUAUUGCUGCGAUAUCGAUGUCUAAGCGCUGGAAUGUGCAAGAUCCUGGUCCACCCGGCUUGGGGUGCUGCCGUGUAUCCGGCUUCACUAUUCACAACGGCGCCCUACGAGGUGGUGAAAGAGGUGCUGCACUCACUACCGGAUGACGCCUGGAACGUCGGCUCCUAACCUUCUUUCCCGGCAGGAAACGACUAGCUAGCUAGCCUAUUGUGUGUACUAAUAAUCUCCGAUAACACAUUCGGCUGUACCGUCCUCGUGGCGGCUGCACCGCACGAAGGUGGCCGCCACUCAUCAUAAAGGCUGAUGCCCACUUUACAAUUA